AUGUCGCAACGGCUCGUGUUGCGGCAAUUGACACGCCACACCUGGCAGUCUGUCAAUAGGACCUCGUUUACCUCUGCGGCAGCGUGUCGCGGCUUUGCCUCUAAGCGGCCGCCCCUGCCGACAGUGCCUACAUGUCCGUCGCCAACAUGCGAGUGCGCGGAGAUGCCCGCGAUGCCGGAAGGGCUCGAAAUUGAUCACAAGAGCCCAAUGAAUGGUGUUAUCGCGGGCUACGCAGAGCAGGUUCUCAUUUGUACCGGCAAAGAUGACUGGCCGUCUAAGAUUGAAGAGGAGAAUGGCGGCGACAAUUUGGCAGCGGAUUUGAAGGAGCUGUUUGGCCGCGGCGGCACAUAUACUGAUCCAUUUCACAACAUUGCGCUCAUCAACAGCUCAUUACCCAGCUCAGUCCCGCCACGCGCAGAGGUACAAAGUACGUCUGUCUAUCUUUUGCCCAGUUUCAAGUACGUGCCUUUUCUACCGCGCGUCUCGUUUGACCACGUUCAAGCCCUCGCCAAGGGCUAUCUGCUGCCAGAGAAACUGCACUCUGCCCACGACGGCCUCUCACCGGUGCAUCGCGACAUUCUCACCCGCAACGACGCCUACCAGAGCCUGCUCCACGGCGUCAGGGAUGUGACUGACACUCUUGUUCUCAUCUGCGGCCAUGGUGGACGAGAUAUGCGCUGCGGUAUUUUGGGUCCGUUGCUGCGCGACGAGUUUGAGAAGCAGCUUGAACGGAAGGGUGUCGAGGUUCUGCAGGGACCGGCACAAGUCCAGGCCGACACGGAAGGAAAGCAAUUAGAAGGCAAAGCCAGCGUCCCCAAAAAUACAGCGAGAGUUGGGCUGAUUAGCCACAUUGGCGGACACAAAUUCGCGGGCAACAUCAUCAUUUAUGUGCCCCCGGGGAAGAAACUGGCGGAUGGGUCAUCGCAUCCUUUCGCGGGCCACGGUUUGUGGUACGGCCGAGUUGAGCCAAAGCACGUGGAAGGCAUUAUAGAGGAGACCAUUUUCCAAGGGAAAAUUGUGGCAGACAUGUUUCGAGGUGGCAUCGAUCCAGAGCGACGCAUCCUGAGGUUAUAG